AUGGCAGCCCACACCAUCAAAAGCCACCCCGUCAUCGCUCCCAGGAUCCCUGUUCUUGGCAUUUUUGCUUCUUCUUCGAUAGAGGUCAGCAGCUCGCGCGUCCGGACAUUGAUCCGGAGAUUACGAUAUGCGCGUCGUCGAGGGCUGCCAAUGAAGAGCACGGCUGGCGACCCGGCGGGCAACCCUACAACCGUGGAUACCAUCGGCCGCUGCCCAUCGCAGCGCAGCGUCAUCUAUUUGUCUUGGUCCUUUUUUCGAGUCUACCGUGUACGCGUCUUCAGCUAA